AUGGUUUCCAUAACAAAAAUCAACUCAGUUUUCAUUCAGGCAGUCAAUCGUGGAGAUGCCUAUCCAUCAGAAGUAGGAGCCACCGUCCACCAGGUGAUGCAGGAACUGAAUUUCUCGCAACCCUACCAGUUGGUGUGGCAGUCGAAGGUUGGGCCUUUGCCGUGGUUGGGGCCCAUGACUGACGAGGCUAUCAAGAGUUAUGUCAAACAAGGAAAGAAGACGUUUGUUGUUGUUCCUAUUGCUUUUGUCAACGAGCACAUCGAGACGUUACACGAGCUUGAUAUUGAGUACUGCAAGGAACUUGCUGAAGAG